GAGAGAGAGAGAGAGAGAGAGAGAGAGAGAGAGAGAGAGAGAGAGAGAGAGAGAGAGGCUGACGUCCUCUCCUCUUCUUUUUUUUGUGCAUCAUUUGCUCUGCAGAACUCGUGCGUAACGUGCCUGCUCCUGGAUUUCCCAUCACUUCAACUUUCUCUUUUUUGCAGCGGGGUUUUUUUUCCUCUCUCACUCACUCCACCGUCUUUCAUCGUCUCAUCCCUCCUUUCCUCCGACUCCUUUGGAAUGAGCUGUUUUCCUGCCUGCGUCGGUUCCAUGUCAGCAUGGGAACUGCCGUGUCCAAGAGGAAGAAUUUGAGAAACGAUGCGAUAUCUUCCGUGGCAGCAAAAGUUAGAGCAGCGCGAGCAUUUGGAGAGAACCUGUCCCACACACACUCUGAAAACCGAAACGGAUCAGCUCAUCUUCUGUGUGAAACCUUGGUGGGUCCUGACCCAGAGUCACAGAGUGACACGAGUGGCCCCAACAACAACAACCACCUCCACCCCUGCGCCAACACCGCAAAGGGCUGUGAGGACAACCCUGAGUCCAGCCUGGUGAAACAGCCACUGGGCCUGCUCCAGCCACCUCCUCCCUCCAUCACCAUUUCGACCAACCCAGCACGGCUGUCCCUUGAGCGCAGCUUCUCGGCCGAGGAAGACCAGCUGAAGUGUGUCGAGUGCACCCUGCAGCCUGCCCGCGUGUACACCAUCACUACCCAGCACGGUAUGCUGAUGAGCAGCGGCCGGGGCAGCAAGGAGAGCCUAGAACUGGACGUCCUGAAGGAGAAGACGGGGAGUGGCGGGCCGGGAUCCAGAGGUGGCUUGAUCCAGCCCUCCACCUCCCCUUCCUCCACCUCUUCGUCUCCGACACAGUACCACCACGCUGGCAGCAGCCGUGGCGCCAGCAGCGUUGGUAGUAGCCACCACCACAGCAACCAUCACCACAGCAACCAUCACCACGGGAUCCACCACCAUGCCGUCGCAGGCACCAACACGCCGUCCAGCAGCGGGGCGAGUGGAAGCAGCAGUAGCAACCAGCAGCAGCCUUCCCACCGUUCCCACCACCACCAUCACCUGUCACAACCCCCGCUGCAGACAUCUGUCAGCGCCCACAACAUCCGCAGCUGGGGCGAGGGCGGAAAAGGGGAGGCCGAGUGCAGCGGGCUGGCCUGUGACUCGUGCAGCGGCGUCCCCUCGCGGAGCCAGGGCUCCCUGGACCUGGAGAGUGCGCCCCGAGAGGCAGGCAAGCAUCACAGACGCCUAGAACGGAUGUGGAGUGUGGACCGGGUGACUGGGCUGGAGAGAGAGGACACUAACUGGUUCCCCAAGGAAAACAUGUUCUCCUUUCAAACGGCCACGACGACCAUGCAGGCGAUAUCGAACUUCCGGAAGCAUCUUCGGAUGGUGGGCAGCAGAAGGAUUAAAGCACAGACAUUCGCUGAGCGUAGAUCGAAGAGUUUCAGCCGCUCCUGGAGUGACCCCACCCCUGUCAAGACUGACUCUCCAAAUGAACCCAGAGACAGCGGAGACCUCCAGGCCUCCUGUGGCACCCUGGAUGAAGGAGGCCUUGACGACACUUCAGACUGGGAGGAGGAGAGAGAGAUGGAGCGGCUCGCCUGCGAGGGAGAUGACUUCAUCCCUCCCAAAAUCAUGCUGAUCUCCUCUAAGGUCCCCAAGGCGGAGUACGUUCCCACUAUAAUCCGCAGGGAUGACCCCUCCAUCAUCCCCAUCCUCUAUGACCAUGAACAUGCAACUUUUGAUGAUAUUUUGGAGGAAAUAGACAAGAAACUCACAGCUUACAGGAGAGGAAGCAAGUUCUGGAGGAUGCUCAUCUUUUGUCAGGGAGGCCCCGGUCAUCUGUAUUUACUGAAGAACAAAGUGGCAACAUUCGCUAAGGUGGAGAAGGAGGAGGACAUGAGCCAAUUCUGGAAAAGACUCAGUCGCUUCAUGAGUAAAGUCAACCCGGAGCCCAACCUCAUCCACAUUAUGGGAUGCUACGUCCUGGGCAACCCCAAUGGAGAAAAGCUGUUCCAGAAACUGAAGAAUCUGAUGAGGCCUUAUUCUGUGGAGUUCGAGUCACCGCUGGAGCUGUCGGCUCAGGGCAAAGAGAUGAUUGAGAAGUACUUUGACUUCCGCCUCUACCGCCUCUGGAAGACGCGCCAGCACUCCAAACUCUUGGAGUAUGAGGAGUUUUUGUGACGAAGACCCCAGGAUAACAGGUGCAGCCCCCCCCCGCAGUGCCACGAGGAACCUGUUAUAAAAAAAACUGAUCCAUUGACUGAACAUCGCUCCACGUGUAGUGCUCCACCCAUCAGCUCGAUAUAAACCAGUCACACACCUGCUUUCAUCCCGGAAAGAGGGCUGGGGGAGGACGGAGAGAGGGAGGCUGGAGAUAAACUCAACAAUGCUGUGCCUCUGUUCUUCAUCACCUCCCGAGUCAAAGACAGACAAAAAAGGGCCAAGACUUUACAAAUAAAAGAGAAAAAAAAUGAGGAAAAAGCAGAGGACUGAACUCGCAAAUCAACUCUCUCUGCCUCUCGAGUGAACGCAAGAGGAGAAUCAAACGUGUACAAAAAAGAAAUAUCAUUUUCAUCACACCUCUGUUGUACUUUUUGAGGCCUAAGUGCUUCAAGAAGAAUUGCUGAAAGUCAUUCCAUCAUAAUAUGGUUCUGUGUUUCAACUGGCCCCUCUCAGAUAACCUGGAGACAUGCAUAUACAUGAAUAACCCACAUGCCGAUGUGUGUGUAUAUAAAACAUUGAAUAUAUUAGCAUAGCUUUAGUCAUGCAAAUAAUCCUCUAUACGAGAAUAAUGAUGCAUCAUUUAUUUUUGAUGUGCAUUGUUGUGCAGUUUCAUAUGAAAAAUACUUUGGAAUAACUCAGGUUUUAGCCAUGAAGUAAUUAAUCUGUUUGUCUAUUCUAUCAAGAUAUUGUAAUCUUCAUCUCCAUCGCUUGGAACGAAUGUAUUAUCCCUCUAGAAAAUAUCUUUUGUUUGAGGAAUUGACUUUUAUGUUUUGGUUAAAAAAAAAAAGAAAAGAAAAGUACAAUGUGCAGAUUUUGUGUGUAUGUGUGCGUGCGUGUGUUUUCCAUGUAAAAAAAACAACAAACAUGCUGAUAUGUUGUGUGUAUUUUUCUCUAUCUGCUCCUCUGCUGAAGCAAAAAGAAUCAUCAUCACCUCCAUCCCCACACAAUUAUCUUUCCACGGCGUUCGAGUUGACAGUAUACUUCAUGAUGUCAAGUGGGAUGUAACAGCCAUCCAAGUGCUCCUGCCCCUGUAGUGUAGGAGUCGCUCCCAUGAUCCCUCCUGCUCCUCAGCAGAAGGUUCAGGCCACAUAGCCAGUCCUUGUCAACAGUGUCAGCUGGUUUCACCUCUGCCAAACACUCUUUGGCUCCUCUUAGCGGCGGCCAAAAACCAGCUUCUGCCAUCCCUCUCUCUCCUGGGCUGUGAUCCAGUCAGAGGGCCGGAGCUCUCUGAAUUAAAACAGAUCUGCCAGAAGUUUAAGCUGUUAACAGCCAUCUGCUGCCCCUGCCAGGUGUCAGCUAGUUAAAAGGCCAGAAAAUAUGUGCUGAGUGUGUGUCUGCGUCUGAGAACGUUGCAUGGGCCGAGAGACCUGCCUGAGCUUUCUAAAAACCAUUAAGACUACAAAUACUAGGGCUGGGACAAACAGAUAUUUACAAUAAAUAAAAUAAAACAGUGUCAUUUUAAAAAUCAGUUAUUAAAUGCUUUGUACUUUUUCCAUAAGCAAGACAUGUGCACAUCUGCCUCUGAAGUCGCAGUACCCAUAUUUCCUAUAAUUCAAGUGAAUUCAAAAUUAACCUUUCCAAUGCUCCAAUGAUGAAAAUCAACUGUUUCCAUCAACUGAGUUGGAGUAAGUAAACUAGGCUGCGUAGUGUUGUCACAAGACCCUGAUCGGCUAUGAUGCGCAUGGCUGUAAUAAACAGAAUAGAAGAAUCAAAGGUUAAGAACCAGAAACAAAAUAAGUUGUUUGAGCACCGCCAGAAAACAGUGAGGAAGAAACUAAACCAUUACCCAUAAACAUGUAGGAGAAAAACAUUGAGAAAGGGCUGAAGGAAAAGUUUUUAAUUGGGCCAGUUGUUACUAUUCUUUAAUGUCAGAAACUUCAAACAACACCUCCUCUUCCUCCUCCUUUUUCUCCUUUUAAAGCAGAAACCUCUGAUCUGCCAUGUGAGUUAAAUGUUUGCUAUGCGAGAUCUUAUUCGUAAAAAGGUGUUUCCACACAUUAACUCUGUUUUGAAACAGGCAAAAAAAACACUUCAGGCAAGCGUAAAAACUUUUAAGUUUUUUUUUUAACUUUGCAGUUUCCAUCAACCUUUUCACUGACACUCAAAGCACAGAAAGUCGACCCUGAUUUUUAAAGGAUUAAUUAACCAUAAAAUAAAGUAGGCUUUACAAUGUUUUGUUCAACCAAACCUAAAAGGCACAACCGAUAAGACCUGGUUGGUCCAAGUCUACGGUGCAGUGAACAGGCUGUGAUGGUAAAAAGGGGCAGGACAUGAUCAAAAGUGACAGAAGAAAGGAGUUGAAGUCCUGCUUCAUGCACCAAUUACUGCGUACAGUGAUUUUUUUUGCAAGAUCAGUGGUGCAAAUGCGUUCUGACAUCAAUACAGUCUGAGGAAAUUCAAACUAUUAGAUGAUCUUACUGAGAAAUGUAACCUGUCACAUUUAAAUAAAAGACCCUGAUGAUGGCUUGUUUCUCUAAAAUAUGAAACUGAGGUUUGUGCUUUUAGAAAACGAAUAUUUCUCUUUUUAUGUGCCCAUAGUUUUUUGCUAAAUCUAAUGUACAAGCAUUCACUUGAGAGGAUUAUAAAUGGUACCAUCUUUUCAAAUGAUGUUAAAAACUACCGGAUUAUCGGAUAACAGCAUUUCACAAACAUUGCAUUUGUUUCCCAGGUGUUUUUUUUCGAUCCGAUACGACUUUGCUCGGUCACAACACAACUCACUGCUCAGACAAUCACAGCAGUGUACAGCCCCAAAUAACAACAGCUCCUAAAGGUCCCAUAGAAUCGCUGCUAUUACUAAUCAAUUAUCAGACGGCGCAGGAGAGAGUUUACAGAGUGGUCCCAGCUCUAACAUGAACACACACACACACACACAGACACACAAACAAAUUCCAAUACAUGCAGUCAGAGGUGUUCUCCAUCUGUCUGUGGUAAGUACUUUGCAUUUGUCAUUAUUUGUGUGGAUGUUUUAAUAUUUGAAGCUUUGAGUGCAGAUAUUAUUUGUGUUGAGCGUCUCACUGGAGUGUUUCUCCAUUUCCCUGCGAGCAGAACUCUGGUUUUCAUUCGCUCUCGCCCUCUUUCUGACAUUGCAGCGCUGGCCUACAGUUUGUCUGGCACAGACAAGUGCUCUCUCAGCCUGAGUCACGCAUUACAUGUUUUCACUACAGAUUUAAAAUUCAACACAAGCCAUCAUUGAGCCAUUUUAAUUCCAGCAGAAGCGCUAAGCUGCCAGAUUCUUCAAAGAUGUUGCCCUGAACAGCUGCUGGGUUUUAAUGGAAUAUUUUUACUGGCAUGAGUUUCUGACCAGAGAAAUGAUCACUGGUCAGUUAAAGCAAAGCAGCGGUUGGGUGGAUUCUGUCGAUUCAGGAACUUCUUCUUUGAAAAGGAAACGUCUUGUGCCAUACAGAAAACAGAAGAACACCUCAUGCGGCCUAUCCAGAAAUCAAUGGCUAUUAAAGUUUUGUUAAAAUUUAUUGUGCUGAAAUGACCAUGAUGUGAAGAGCACCCUGACUCAGGAGUUUGAGAGAGCUUUGUUGUUUUCUUCUUCAUCCAAAAUCUAAUUAAAGAUGCAAACAUG